GCUACACUGGCUCUCGUCGGACACACAAGCAACGGGAUAAUUUUCGCAAUUACCUGAUUGACUGCGAAAAGCGAAGAAAGCAGGCCUGGAGCGCAACAGGAAGCGAUUACGAAUAAAGAGCGCAAACAGAAGAAUACAAACUAAAGGAGGAAAGAACCACAAUGAAAAUGUCAAGAAAUAAUUUUCUACUUCUGCUCCUCGGCCUGGCGAUUUGUCCCUGUUCCGGAGGGCAGAAGCAACGCGAGACGCCGAUGCACAAAGCGCAGCUCACUCAGAAGGGGUACAUCCAGUUCCUCAGAUGGCAGCUACCAGUGCCACGGAUCACCGAGUUCACCUUCUGCCUAUGGAUCCAGUCCGACGACCUCACUCACCCUCACUCCAUAUUCUCCUACUCGAAAAACGAACGCGAGCGAUUGGUCCGCGCCUGGAUAUCCCCUCGGGGGAGGAGCGUCCAUCUGGAGAUCGGAGGGAAACAGGUGAUCGCGUCGACGACCGAGAUCCACGAGAAUCGCUGGUACCACCUGUGUCUCAGCUGGGAAAAUCAGGUCGGCCUGUACGGUUUGUGGAUCAACGGGCAACUGUGGGCUCGGGGCCAAUCGGAGGAGACGGCGGGUCACGCGAUACCCAGCGGAGGCGACAUUGUACUGGGACAGGAGUACACGGACUUUGAUAAGGGACUGGAGGAAGGGGUCGAGGGUUCGGUUCUGGGCUUCAACCUUCUACUGGCCUCGGCUUUCGAUCCUCUGGCGAGGGAUUACCAGCAUCGGGAAGCCUCCUCCUCAUCGAGUUACGCCAACGCGCCCCUUUUCGCGCGGAUUCCUGUGAAGUUGCCGCAACCCGGCUUCGAUUACGCAGCGCGGACCUUGCCGGUCUCCAACCAACCGCGGGCUCGUCGAUACGCCGACAGUUUUCAGCUGCCGCUGACGAAUCGCACCGCAGGCUACAAAGACAAAGUUAUCGGCUCGAACAAAGAGCCUCUCGGCUUGCAAUUAGUGAAACUGUCGUACGUUCGCUGCGAGAUCGGCAGAGGAAGCCCGUUCAUUGGCGGCCAUCUGAUGCUUAUCUCCUGGAGCAGGACACCCGUCCGCGUGUUCGGCGGGGCGAUCCUGAAGAACGUGAAAAGCGAGUGCGGGAAUUUUUGAGCAAUCAACUCAUUCGACGAAAACGGAGAAACCGUAAAAGUCAAACUGGACUGUCGCUCGAUCUCGGUUUCCGUUAAGAUCCAGUUCGAAACGUGACCAAACUCGUCCGAUCCUAACCCAGCCGGUUAUCCGGUGAAAUUUCAACCCAUUACAUUUUCACUGCGAACGAUGUAACGCGUUUUAGAGAUCGAUCUCGCUGGAUAACUAUUAGAUAACGUUACGUUAGCCGUAAUUUGUCGAGGAUAAAAAAGGGAACGCGGCAGUCUGCAUUGUUCGUCCGAGGUGAAAUACUAGCACCGCGUGCAACAGCUUGCCGCAAUCUCGGAAAAACUCGGGAGAGAAGAAACGCGCGACGUUACAAAACCGAGGACAGAUCGAUAUCUAGGCGAGGCUAAGCCGAGGCAAAAAAAGGUCGCGCGAGCACCCUUUUACGCAAAAGGACGCGACUCGGUUUCCUUCAGACAGCGAUAUUUCGGCUUUCUUUCCGCGAUCAUUUCGUAAUCGUCGCCGCUUUUCUGCAUCCGCGAAUCCGUGUAGGGCGAAGGCGCGCGGGUCUCUCUCCGCGGUCCGCGCUUUCGAAAACAGCGAUCCCGCGUCGCAAAUGGCGCGAAUCGCUAUGGGACACGGAUUAUUACGCAAAUGGCGUUGAUUACCCAUGUCGGGCCCUAAAGGUGCUCCCGUUACAACCUACCAACGUUACGUGCUACAGAUGCGUCGUUACGCAACCUGCCGAGGGGAACGUGAUUCGUCCCGAAAGGAACGCAUGGAAAACUUUCACCCGAGAAUAACUCUCAAGGCGAGGGGAUUACGAGAUCGAACGGUACCGAUCGCGCAGGGCAUACCUUGAACGAGUUCCGUCGCGAAUUUCGACCGUGAAAUCUGGUCCGCGCGGAAGCUGCCGGCGGAAAACACGAAUCGCGCGACCGGUCCCAAGGAUCUACCGACCGGUUUCUCGAUCCAUCGCAAAGGAAAUGAGCUUUGCUUUCGCCCUCUGGUCCUGAACGUUCAUCAAAUCGCUUUCACUUUCACCAAAAAUCGACUGCUUUACGAGACGGAUUCUCGGCCCUGCUCGGACGGUCUCGCUCGCGUAAUCCGACUGACGUUGCGCACCGUGUUCCUGUUCGAGUGGUUUAUGUAUUCUUACAUGACAUAAUAAAGAUAUAUCUG